AUGAAUGAUGUCCUAUAUUACAUAUUUUUAACUACUUUAAGUGUGGAAUUUCUAAUGGGAAAUUUUGGCAAUGCAUUCACAGUUUUGGUGAACAUUAUGGACUGGUUAAAAUGGAGAAAGAUAUGUUUCAUAGAUCAGAUCUUGACUACUCUGGCAAUUUCCAGAGUUGCCUUGCUCUUUUCACUAACUGCAAGUUUAUUUGUUUCUGAAAAAUACCCAGAAAUAAUAAUAACUAGAAAGAUUAUGAUACAAAUUUUUAUUUUAUGGACAGUAACCAAUCAUUUCAGUAUCUGGCUUGCUACAUGUCUCAGCAUCUUCUAUUUUCUCAAGAUAGCUAAUUUUUCAAACUCUAUUUUUCUUCAUCUAAAGUGGAGAGUAAAAAAAAUAGUUUUAGGGACACUGUUUGCAUCUCUGCUCAUCUUGUUUUUAAACAUUUUAGUUGUAAACACACAUAUUGACCUCUGGAUUGACAGAAUUGAAGCAAAUACUUUCUUCAGAGUGAUCACAAGUAAUAAUUCUGAAGCUGCUAAGCUCGAUUUACUCACCAAUUCUAUGUUCACACUCAUUCCCUUCACCGUGACCCUGACCAUGUUUCUCCUGCUCAUCUUCUCCCUGUGGCGACAUUUGAAGAACAUGCAGUACAAUAUGCCAGGCUCCAAAGACAUCAGCAAGGCAGCUCACUUAAAGGCCCUGCAAAUGGUGGUCACAUUUUUGUUACUGUACAGUAUCUAUUUUCUGUCACUUCUUUUUCAGUUUUGUGACAUUAACUAUGAGCUAAAAAAUUCAAUUUCUCUGCUUUUCUUUAUUACUGAAGCUGCUUUCCCUUCCGGCCACUCCUAUCUCUUGAUUCUGGGAAACACUAAACUUAGACAGGCAUUUAUUUCCAUGGUGUGGUGGCUGAGGUGCAGGUUUAGUGAUGUGGAGCCCAGAGUUUUAUAA